AUGUUUGAAGUUACAUUCAGCAACACCGUGAUCACAAUCGUCACUCCCGCCGAAAUGCUAGCACAGUACUCGCCGUUCUUCGAAGACGCAAACAAUUGUGAAUGGCAACCUGAUGGGACAAAUAAGAUAUUUCUGAAGAUAGGGGCGCCAGAGAAGUUUGUGAUGUUGGUAUCUUGGCUCUACAUAGGUGAACCCAGUCAAGGAAUCGAACUUUGCAAGCCAUAA